AUGUCUCAACAAUCUUCACCCACUCACAUGCAUGUCCCAGCUGAAACCAGUGGAUCUUCCUCACCAUCGUUUAGGACAAACGCCCCAUUUCAAAUGAUCAACUUGGAAAAUCUAAUUUUUGAUGUUGCCCCUCUGUCCACGGUUCAUCCCCCUCCUCAGAAGAAAGUUACACCUUCAGGGUCAAAAAUUAUCAAGACUUCUGGUAAGUCUUCUGAACCUAUAAUCCCCGGUAAAGAUAAAAAUGUUGUUGAAGAACAAUCUAGGUUUAAAGGGUAUGAUUUAAGAAACCCUAGUAUGUAUGUUGACGGCUUUAAAAAUCCCAAGGAAGUAGAAAGAAGUGCAACUGAUAAGGAACUUAGGAAGUUUGUCGCAUCUGUUAUGAAGGAAGUAAACUCAGAUGUUUUGCUAGAUGUUCAAACAUCUUUGGCAAAAGAUCCAAGCCCUGACAAUAACUCUAGUGAAAAAGUUGAGGAAAGUGUUCUUGAACAUGCUGCUCAUGAGAGAAGAAGUAAAAAGAAAGUUGAGCUUGUUGUCAAUGUUGAUGAGCUUACUUCUGGUGAAGAACCUAUUAUAAACAUUGUUACCCUUAGUAUUGCCAAGAGACUGCAGAGACGUAAAGGAAAGACUGUUGCUUUUAAAGAUUCUCCCUCCAGGGAAGUGAAGAGAAAAUCUGAUGGGUUGAAAGGUACUCCUUCUAGAAGCUCCACAAGAAAAUCUCUUGUUGGACCCACUAGGUCAUGGAGUAAAGUUGUUACCCCUACUAGAAAGAGGAAAAUGUCUCUUAUAAAUGCAGAAAGGUGGAAGCAUGUAAUUCAGAGGAGGGUGGCCCUAAAAAGGGAAUUGGGGAAGGAUUACCUUAAGUGUAACGAGGUCAUGGAACUGAUAAAAGUUGUUGGGUUGAUGAAGAUUGCCACACACUUUGGACUUUGCUAUGAAAACUUAGUAAAGAAGUUUAUGGUGACCAUCCCCGAUGGAUGUGAUGAUAUAAAGAGUGCUGACUAUGGUAAAGUUUAUGUGAGAGGAAAUGUUGUAACAUUCUCCCCAACUGUGAUCAAUAAAUUUCUAGCAAGAAUAAAUGAACCUCAGGCUGAGCUGGAAGUUACUGAUGAUCAGGAAACUUAUAAAGAGCUGGAGGAUUCCAUUCGAUCUAGCACUGCAAAUAAGAUUAAACUGGAGACGUUGAUGAAGGCUAUGAUGGAAGAGGAGAAGAAGGAAGUUGUACAGGAUGGUGAUGCUAAUGAAGGAACUGAUGAUGAAAAUUAUGUUGGUGAAGAUGAUGUUGAUGAAUAA